AAACUAGAUAUCCCUGCAGACUCUCAUACACGAGAGUUUUUGGUUUCUAGUCCUCAUACAAAUACCCAGCGGCGCCCGUUCGCCCACCAACCCAGCUUCUCCCAAAACCCUUUCACAAACUACUGUCAACCGCAAUCAUGGCUUCUGGUCUUGAAGAGGUCCCCGAGGGACAGAUCGAGUCUAACUACGAUGAGACCACCGACUCAUUCGACGCCAUGAACCUCAAGGCCGAGCUCCUCCGUGGUGUCUACGCCUACGGUUUCGAGCGCCCCUCUGCUAUCCAGCAGCGCGCCAUCAUGCCCGUCAUCAAGGGCCACGAUGUCAUUGCCCAGGCCCAGUCCGGUACUGGCAAGACCGCCACUUUCUCCAUCUCAGUUCUCCAGAAGCUCGACCCCAACGUCAAGGCUUGCCAGGCUCUUAUCCUCGCUCCCACCCGUGAGCUCGCCCAGCAGAUCCAGAAGGUCGUUGUCGCCAUCGGUGACUUCAUGAACGUCGAGUGCCACGCCUGUAUCGGUGGUACCAGCGUCCGUGACGACAUGAAGGCUCUCCAGGACGGUCCCCAGGUCGUUGUCGGUACCCCCGGCCGUGUCCACGACAUGAUCCAGCGCCGCGUCCUCAAGACCGACUCCAUGAAGAUGUUCGUUCUCGACGAGGCCGAUGAGAUGCUGUCUCGCGGUUUCACCGAGCAGAUCUACGACAUCUUCCAGCUCCUCCCCCAGUCUACCCAGGUUGUUCUCCUUUCCGCCACCAUGCCCCAGGACGUCCUCGAGGUCACCACCAAGUUCAUGCGUGACCCCGUCCGUAUUCUCGUCAAGAAGGACGAGCUUACCCUCGAAGGUAUCAAGCAGUUCUACAUUGCCGUUGAGAAGGAGGAGUGGAAGCUCGACACCCUCUCCGAUCUCUACGAGACCGUCACUAUCACCCAAGCUGUCAUCUUCUGCAACACCCGCAGAAAGGUCGACUGGCUCACCGACAAGCUCACUGCCCGUGACUUUACCGUCUCUGCCAUGCACGGUGACAUGGACCAGGCCCAGCGUGAUGUUAUCAUGAAGGAGUUCCGUUCCGGUUCUUCUCGUGUCCUGAUCGCCACUGACCUUUUGGCCCGUGGUAUCGAUGUCCAGCAGGUUUCGUUGGUCAUCAACUACGACUUGCCUGCCAACCGCGAGAACUACAUCCACCGUAUCGGUCGUGGUGGUCGUUUCGGUCGUAAGGGUGUUGCCAUCAACUUCGUCACCGCUGACGAUGUGCGCAUGAUGAGAGAGAUUGAGCAGUUCUACAGCACUCAAAUCGAGGAGAUGCCCAUGAACGUUGCUGAUCUCAUCUAAACGAAUUUCUAUUCAAAAACAAGAAGAGGGCUGCAGCAGUGCAUGUCUGCGGCAGGCCAAUGUUUAACGAGGGAUCUACGGCUGGUCUUACUAGAAUGUGAUACCAUGGCUGGGACGGAUCCCACUUCUCAUGCAUUUGGGCGUUUGUCUUUAUGGUUGAAGCUUUUCAAAACGCGAACACAUGCCCUUUUCUAGAUGCUAGGUCGGGGCGAGUUUCUUGUUUCUCUUUCAAAAGAAUGUUAUCCUUUCCAACUG